GUUACGACGCCAAUUUCUUUUCGUUCUUCCUUUCAAAUAUUCAACGCAAAUCCAAGCUCUGGUCGUUGCUUGGAGUUGCUCGUGCUCGCUGGUAGGGAACGUGGUGGAUGUCGUGCGUCAUGGCUGCGUUUAGGGUUCCCUGCGGUCUAUCCCUGCGCCACAUGUUCUAUGCCCAGCGUGUGUAUAUCAUAUGUAUGCAAAAUCUCCUGUAGAUGUUUGCUCGGAUGUAUGCAUAGUUGGUUCACCCUGGGCACGUUGCUCCCUGUGGCGUAUUCGGAAAAAAAAUUCUCUCGCGAGGCGGGACGCAAGAUCGCCGUUCCUUCACUUGGGCGUGCGCCGUCCAUUCGUGCCUCUACUUGCCAGGUGUUUUUCUGUUCUAGCCAAAGACCAGGACAGCGGAUUUGGCCGUGCAGGGACACCGCCAGACGGCUGGUGAAAGUGAUCCUCAGGCUCAUGCGUCAAUGAACCUGAAUGUGCCGCUGUAGAUUGGUGGCGGCGGUCUUCCAUUUGGUCAUAAUGGCAGAGGCUUUGCUUACGCUGGGCGCAAACUGCCAAACCACUUUCGACCCCUCCCGGCCCGCAUGCUCCGGCGCGUCGCGGUAACGUGAUCCGGGAUGGGAAUUUUCAUUCAUGUCAUUGAUAAUCGUUGUUACUCACACAAUUCGCGCCCUGCCAUUUACGUUAAUUUUCGGCGCUUCUUGAGUGGUUAUUCAGAACCACGAAAGUUUCGCACUACCCGGAUGAGAGACAAAUUGUG